AUGAAUGGCGGUGGCGAGGACCUCCAUAGUGCAGCAGAGGCGGAGGAGGAGUCGCAAAGGAGGAGGAAGUCCGUGCUCAGCUACUGGGAUGCCGUGGUGAAAGAUGACCGGAAGCUCUGCAAGUUCGAUCUCGGCUCCCUGGAGAGAAAAAUGUUCUCUUGGUCCGUCCAGGAUAUCUUCAACAGGGACCUCCUCAGGAAGCAGGUCAAGAGCAUACCGGAUACCUUCAUGUCAUUGCACACUUAUCUGGACUCGUUCAAAUACCCUCUAAUUGAAGAAAUGCAUGCUGAUCUCUUCUCGUCAUUGGACUGUUAUGCUCAGGCAAACUUCAUACAAAUAAUCUGGUUGGAGAAGCUUGAUGAUGAGAAAUCAAUAUUCUGUUUUGAGGUUUCCAAGCCAUCAAAGGAUCAGAAGUCGAGAGAGGUAUAUGAUCCCAAAGAGGGGGACAUAAUAGUUGUGUCCUUGCAAAAACCGCAUCAUGUGUCUGAUUUGAAACAAAAUAAGGCAACAUAUGUGUUAGGUUCAGUUCUGAAAUGUGAAGACAACGAAGAUGGAGAUUUCCCACCCAAUUGCUGUAUUGUUCGUUUUUCAUCUGCUAUUCCUGUUGAAGUGGAUCCAGAAACAAAAAUACCUAUGGAGCCAUCAUUUGCUGUGUGUCUCAUAAAUAUGAAGACAUACACCCGUAUAUGAUUGCCUUCAUAUGGAAAUAGGUGAUCCGAAAAGGAGGACUAG